GGUGGGUCCUUGCGAGUUGUUGUCGCGUGUCAGCGGGCUGUCAACAAAUUACCUCGGUCAGCAUGGCGGACAGUGUCGACAUUACACCCGUGGCGAGCAGCCAGCCUCCGGAUAAAGAGGAGCAGGGCCGGGGAGAAGGUGGAGGGGGUCCCCCAGAGAGGGAUGCAGGAGGCGGCUUGACUGAUGCACAGAGAGAGGUGCUGGAUAGAUGCCUUCACGCACUGAAACACGCUAAAAACGACAGCCACACGUUAGCUGCUCUUCUCUUGAUAACUCGCCUGUGCCCAGCGAACCAACUGGACAAGCCCACCUUGCGGCGCAUCUUCGAGGCCGUGGGUCUCAACCUCCCAGCUCGUCUUUUGGUGACGGCCGUCAGAGGCAGCGACAGCUCCGCCUUGCCCCCUCACGAGCUCCUUUCCCUGGGCACGGCCCUGUUGGCGGCCCUGAGCACAGACCCAGACAUGGCCUCGCAUCCCCAGCUCCUCGCCACCAUCCCCCUCCUGCUGGGCAUUUUAACGAACAGCCACCUGUCACACCCACAAGAGGAAGAGGAACCUCCGGAACAGGACCAGGCUAGGACGAGUCCAGACAUUUCAGACCCAGAAUGUAACUCCAAAACAGAAGAGACUGAGACCAGCAAUCAAAAGGGGGCGUCUCAAGACACCGUCCACCCUUCUAAGCUCGACGAGGCCAUGGCUUCUGACUGCUACCAGGUUUUGUCAGCUGUAUGCGCCUUACCCCUGGGUCCCGACCAGCUCCUGAGCAGGGGUGCAGUUCCUGCUUUGUGCCAAGCGCUCAAACAGAACCUGACUCUCAGCCACGAGAGGGGCCUCCCCUUGCUGGGUUGUCUCCUUUCGGGUAAAUCCAAGGACAAAGCGUGGAGUAAACACCCCGCCGAACUCCUCGCUCUGCUCGUCAGACUCUCCAAAGACUUCUCUCAGUCCAAAGAUCAGACCAGGCUGGACAUGUGCGCCCAGCUGAUGCAGUUCCUGCCCCCGGCAGGAGUCGGAGCGGACAGCGACGAGCUGAAGGAGGUCGUGAGCCGCACGUGGGGGGUGCUGAGGCCCAUGAUGCAAGCGAAGUUGACGCCGAGACAGAUCGGGCCGAUCCUGGUCCUCAGCGCUUGUCUGCUGGAUUUGUACGGGUGGGAGCCGGCGGGGCCGCCAAAGUUCUGCUGCUUACUGGUGAACCGGGCCUGCGUGGAGGUCCGGAUGGGUUUGGAAGAGCCGCCCGGUAAUGACUUGAGCCCAGAGCUGCAGCAUACUCUCACAGGAUGUUACCGGAUCAUGGAGGCUGCCAUAGAGCAGGCUUGUAGCGCGGGAGUCACGCAGACCUCUGCACCUCCUCAGAGCUCCGUCUCCUCCCUCAGUCUGCAGCAGAGCAGGCAGGUCCUCCGGGUCCUGGAGGAGGCUUUCUCUGCUUUGGUGUACCACCUGCAACAGGUGGAUCCGAGUCGCUACGGCGACCCUUUCGUCUUCGCCACAUUCCGUUCCCUGUGCUCAUGGCUGGCCGAGGAGACGUCCUGCCUGAAGGAGGAAGUGACCGGACUGUUGCCGUUCCUGAUCGACUACAGCCGGAGUCACCUGCAGGGCGGGGGCUCGGAGCAGGGUCUCUCUGACUGGAUGGCCCAGAUGUCCGUCACCGUGGAGCGAGGAGCCUGGACGGGCAGAGAGGCUCUGAGGUAUCUCCUCCCAGCUCUGUGCCACCUGUCGGCGGAGGAAGGUCCCAGGAAGGUGCUGCUCACCCUCGACACCCCGGCUCUGCUGGUGGACUUCCUGUCUCAGAGCUGGACCUCUCUGAAGGGGAAAAGCGGCGCGGCGUCAUCGGGAGAUCCCAGCAUGGAGACGGCCUGCUCAGCCCUCCUUAACUUCACCGUUACGGAGCCAGAGAGAGUCAGAAAAGACCCAUGUUUCAGAACCCUCGAGGCCCUUCUGAGUGAAGCACUUCCUGUAUUGGUGCAUAAACCCCGCCUCCUGGUCCUGGCAGCAAACUGCUGCACUUUGGGGCUGAUGAUUGGGAGACUGAAGUCAGCGUCUUCAGGCUCGGUGGAAGCAGGCCAGAGGCGUUUCUUCUCCGCGGCCCUUCGCUUCCUCCGCGGCGCCCUGGACUCCAGCUCCGGCCCCGGUCCGGUUAAGGUGAGCCCAAGCUGGGAGGAGAGCUGGGACGAGGCCGCGGAGCUCUGGAGGUUGGCUCUGCAGGCUCUGGGGGGCUGCGUGCGUGCCCAGCCCGUCGUCACCGCCCUGGUCAGAGAGGAAGGUUGGCUCAAACACACUCUCACCACCCUGGGUCACUGCAGCGCACUACCCGACCAGCACACCAAGGAGGCGCUAGAGGAGGCUCUGUGUGCCAUGGCGGAGCAGUGCCCGGUCUGUAAACAGGAGAUUGGAGACAUGAUGCUAAGAAAUGAUAAGGGGGCUUUGAGCGGCAUGAGGAACCUGAAGAAGUCGGUGGGAGUGAAGUGAAACCAGGCGGCGUGCUCUUUCUUGAAGUAUUUUUAACUUCAAGCGGAGACAAUAAAACUGGGUCAUUACUGAAGGCAAAUAUAGACCGUGUGUUACCUUUUGUCUUUUUUUGUAAUGACAUGAAAAAACCCGAAAUACUCUAGUAUAAACAGAAAACCCAACAUGACGCAAAUUAUGUGUUUCUGUGUGAGACUCCGACUGAACCGCCUUUUAUGUUUUCACCACGCACCAGUGAAAACAUCAGAGACGCUCGGAGAGAUCUGCAACCAGGUAAAUCCAGACUGAGACGUCUAAGCUCUCACAUGGUACUGAAAAGCACACGCGCCUUUUCAUACAUGCGAAUGUCGAAAUGUAAAUGCGUUAAAUAAAGAAUUAUUUUGUUAGAGAACAGCGAA